GUCCGAGUCUGGUACUGCAACUACUCUGUUCCUCCUGCUGCCACCUGGUGUCCGAGUCUGGUACUGCAACUACUCUGUUCCUCCUGCUGCCACCUGGUGUCCGAGUCUGGUACGGCACCUCACAAACCCUAUUUAGCUUUUAAAUAUUUGUAGUUUAAGUGCAGAGGAACUACAUUUCCCAUGAGGCCAUUACAUCACUUCCGCCAUUACAGUUUACGGUCUAGAAAGAGACACGAAGUUUAACAGAAGAGAAAAGAGAGAUAUAAGUGUUAUCAGCGGUCUUGUAUUUAGGAAGAUACAGUCAAAAGGUGAAGAUCUCUGGAGUGCCUGAGAGAGAGGAGAAAGCUCACUGCAGACUCCAACAGGACUGAAAGAUCCUGUUAUCCACAUAUUAAACCUCGCACAUGGACUACAUUUCCCACGAGGCGAUAACUUCCGCCAUUCCAGUUUACUUCAUAGAAAGAGACGAUGUUUAGCAGAAGAGGACAGGGACAUGUGAGGUCAUUUACAUUUACGUCUCAGCUGUUUGGACAUCUCGGAAAAGUUUAUUCCACCACCUCAGUGCCAGAAUCCUGACGAGUACCUCGUGGUGAAAUGGCUGAAGCUAGAGUUUCUGUGAAUUUGGAUGACUUCACCUGUCCUGUCUGCUUAGAUCUUCUGAAAGAUCCUGUCUCUGUUCCCUGUGGACACAGUUUCUGUAAGAACUGCAUCAACACUCAGUGGGAUAGAGAGGUUCACAAAGGAGUCUACAGCUGCCCCGUGUGUAAACAUCACUGUAGUCCACGACCGGUCUUGGGUAGGAAUGUCAUGUUGGCUGAAAUGGUGGAGAAGCUGAAGAAGACACGUGUUCCUGAAAGAACCCUCGCCGGACCUGAGGAUGUGGAGUGUGACGUCUGCGUCAGGCAAAAGCAUAAAGCCGUGAAGUCGUGUCUGGUGUGUUUAGCGUCGUACUGCGAAGUUCACUUUAAUCUUCAUGAAGAGCUGCACCCAGGAAACACACACACAGUGACCGAAGCCAGGAGCAAACUCAGAAACAGGCUCUGUAGCUGGCAUCAGGAGCUUAAAAAGUUUUUUUGUGUCACCGAGGAGAGAUUCGUGUGCUCUGGGUGUCUUCAGUCUGGUUGUAAAAGCCAUGACACCACUACAAUCACAGACAAACGAUUUUAUCAGCAGCGUGAGAUUGGAAAUCUCCAGGCGCAGGUUCUCCAGAGAUCUCAAUCAGCAGAGAGCAGCCUGAAAGAUUUAAAGAAAGCAAUACAUUUAAUCAAGACCAGCGCACAGACAACACUGGAUCAGAGUGAGAAGAUCUUCAUGGAUUUGAUCCUCUCAGCUGAGAGGAAACGUUCAGAGAUUCGAGACAUGGUCAAAGCUACAAAAGAAGCUGAAGUGCAGCGAGCUGUGGACAUGCUGCACUGUGUGGAACAGGAAGUGACUACACUGAGGAAGAGAGAUAAGGAUCUGGUUCAGCUUGCACAGUUAAACGAUGAUUUCCUCUUCGUCAGGACCUUCAUGUUCCUCUCUGACCUUUCAUCAUGUGGUGAUGUUCCACAAGUUACUGUCAACCUGUCACCUUUUAAAGAACUACAAUCGUCUCUGGAAAGGUUCUCUAUUACAGGAUUAGACACACAGCCCAGAUCAGCUAACAGAUGCCACAUGGUUCAAACUUCUGUUCCGAUCAUCAGAGAGGAUUUUCUUCAGUAUUUUCGUCAGUUGACAGUGGAUCCUAGAUCAGCCUACAAAGCCCUCCAGCUUUCUGAGGGCAACAGAAAAAUAACCUUUGAUGACACAAAACCAAACAAUAACAGAGGGCCUGAGGUCUUUAACUACUUCGCUCAGGCUCUGUGUAGAGAAGCUCUUCAGGAACGCUGUUACUGGGAGGUGGAAUGGGGAGGCCAGCGGGUUUACAUCGCGGUAGCAUACGGAGAUGUGGAAAGACACGGCUGCUGUUCUGAAGUGAGCUUUGGACAAAACAUUAAAUCCUGGAGUUUAUGCUGUAAUUCCUCUCAGUUUGAGUUUUUCCACAAUUCCCGUAAGACCGUCAUUUCAGGUCCAGUGUCUACAAGAGUAGGAAUUUAUCUGGAUUACAGAGCUGGAUCUCUGUCCUUCUACAGCAUCACAAACACCAUGACUCUCCUCCACCGAGUCUGCACCAGCUUCACCAAGCCGCUGUACGCUGGGUUCUGGGUGUUCGAUUACUCCAGUGUGAAACUGUGUGGGAGGAAUGAGAAAGUGCUUCCUCACACUCCUCCUCUUCCUCCUCCUGCUGCUACUAAAACUUCAUUACGUGUAGAUCAAUUUUAUUUUGAAUCAUAUAAUGUAUCCUGGAGUAGGUUCGAGUAAAUUGCUCCAUACAAAUCACUUACCUAUAUAGACUAUAGGCUUUGUUUCCACAGCACUGGACCUGCUGUGUCUUUAUUCUGGUCUGGUGGAGCAGGUAGACAGCAGAUGUGUUCAGGAGCUAAUAUUUCAUUACACAGAUUUAUUUAGGAAUGUCAUCAUUUUGUUCCUUGCAGGUGAACACCAUAUACCCUAGAAAUGUCUUUCUUUUUUUUUCUUUUUUUUGUGAAACCCUUGGUGACUAUUUUAAGCUUUUCUACUUUUAAAACUCUGAUUUAAACUCUAUUCUCUGUACACUAUCAUACUCUAAAGACUUGUUUUGCUGUAUGUUAAUGAAGUUAAUUUAGUUUAUUUAGUAUGCUCUGGGAUCAAGUAGGGUUCUAGUAAUCACUCACUGAGCGUGAUGUUGAGCUUCUUGCUGUGUUAAAGGAUCUGGAUAAUCAGCUUUGAUUUAGAUGAUUAAAGAUAGAACUAAACACAAUCAAAGUUCAUCUCAGUCUUUUGUUACGUCCUGGAAGUAAAACUAAAAAUGAUCAAAGUUUCUUGUUAUUACUUUCCAUUAUUUUAUUCAAUUUAAUUUAAACACUGUGAAGUACAUUUAUGAGAAAGAAAGAAAGAAAGAAAGAAAGAAAGAAAGAAAGAAAGAAAGAAAGAAAGAAAAUGUUUUUUUUUUUAUUAGACUGAUGGUUUUCUCAGUGUGGCCUUCUGGUUAAAGAUCUCUGCCUAAAUGUAAUAAAAUAUAAAGCUCAGGAUGCAGAGGCAGGAUUGAUAGAGUGCGUUAUGUUAUGUUAUGUUAUGUUAUGUUAUGUUAUGUUAUGUUAUGUUAUAUUAUAUUAUAUUAUAUUAUAUUAUAUUAUAUUAUAUUAUAUUAUAUUAUAUUAUAAACCUGGUAGUGCAGUAUGGGUGGUUUCUUAGGGCAUAUUGUUAUUAUAAUUAAAUUUAAUUAUUGAGUUGAUCAACAUUUUGAAUCCAGUUUUUUCAACUACGGAGUGAAAUGUUUAUCAGUUUCCUUAUUAUUAGUCAUUAUUAGUCAUUAUAAGUCAUUAUAAGUCAUUUGCUCUCAGGUAACACAUUGCACACAAAUUACUGUAUAACAAAUACAGUAUAUGCUGUAAGAAUCAUAUAAAUAUCAUUCAAAUUAAUUCAUUAUUCAUUUAUUAUUCCCCUUCUGAUAAAAUAGUCUUUACAUGAAGCCUGUUUGACGGCAUUGAUGGCUGAUGCUAAAACAAAAUUUUGUUGGGGCACAAACAAACUUCAAAUGAAAGUGUGUGUUAGUAAUGAAGGAGUGUAAAUAGCCAUUUAUCAGGUGAUAAUGUAUCAUUACUGCGAAGAUAAAAUAUUAAAAAUGUUAAAGUAUGCAAUAAAUGUAGUAUGAAUCAGUGAACUUGAGUUCAAUGUGGGUUUAUUAUCAGUAAUGAAGGUAAUCAUUAAACAAACACGCACACAUACUCUGGAAAGUUGCCUAAUCACUUGACUGCUGCUGAAUUUGUAAAUUGUGUUGAUCUGGUCCAAGCUCCUUGACUCUUUUCUUUUCUUCACCAGAACUCCUUGUGAAAGGGUAUUUUUGUAAAGACAGGGUCUGUAGUGUGUAAAUUGUUUCCUACAUAAAGUGCUUAAAAAUGAAAUAUAAACAUCACAAAUAUGAAGUACUAAAGCAGGACAGUCUGAACAGUUUUAAACAAAUGCCCAGCAAGGUUCUGAGCAGAUUUACUUUAACAGAAACUUGCUGCUCUACAGAUUCAGGGGGAAAAAAGCUCAAAUUCAGUCAAUAUUUUAGUAUUCAGUAACUAAUGCUUUGGUGUGUGAUGGACAAAAAACAACACAAGGCAGGACACAUAGCACAAAAAACGAAAUAUGCAACGAAAACAAAAUGAAAUGUGAUGUGCAAACUUGAGAAAAUGUGAAAACCAGGUAUCUAAAGGGAACCUGUUGUAGUUCCCUUUCAAGGGAACUCGACGCUGCAUUUAUAACCUGGACCUGGACCCCACCCAGGAAUGGGAUCCAGUUCCAGUUUAUAAAACCUGAUAAACGUGUGCGGAGAAGACCAGCCUGCCACAGCACAAAUCUCCUGGAGGGGAACACCCCUAGCCAGGGCACUGGAUGAGGUGACACCCUUAGUGGAGUGAGCCCAGGUGAUGUCCUGUAGUUCGUGAUCGCCUGAAUGCCCUGCCAUGUGCACCGGCAGUCUCCACUGUCCUGAAAGUGGCCAUGUAUUCUCUGGGCCUGUGUGUGCUUUGCCUCUCUGAUGGCUUGGGACAGUUUGGCCCUUGCUGUUUUUAAGGCCACCUUGUCCUCUGCUCUGAAGGCGCAGUCUCACACACUUCUGCAGUCAUCCACAGCUUCUGGUUGGAGCAUGUGGUGAUGGUCUUGGAGACAGUCAUGUCAUUGAUGCACUUGCCAAUGUAGCCGGUCACUGAUGCUGUGUAACUCCAAGUUUAUAGAGUCCCUGUUGGUUGCAGCCUCCCUGAACAUGUUCCAGUCAGUGCACUCAAAACAGUCCUGAAGAGCAGAGAAGGCUCCGGCUGGCCAGGUUUAAACCUGUUUCAAAACCGGUUUGGUGCAUCUGACGAGUGGCCUGUAUGCUGGAAUCAACAUAACAGAGAUGUCUGAGUAGCCAAGAUGGGGGCGGCGCUCCACACAAUACGCGCCUCCACUUUAGAGCAUACAGCUUCCUUGUGGAGGGAGCCCUGGCAUUCAUCAGAAUCUCCACAGCCUCUGAUGAGAGGCCUGCCUCUGGGAACUGGUCCCCCUCAGGGGUCAGACCCAGAGCUUCAACAUUUGUGGGCGGGGAUGGAGCAUCACCCCUCGCACCUGAGACGAGAUCUUUCUUGACAGAAAUCUUCCAAGAAGCACUGUCUAGGAGGGAGAAAAAGUCCGCAAACCAAACUUGAGUGGGCCAGCAGGGAGCCACUAGAAGAAGGUGGACCCUGUAGUGGCACACUCUAGCUAGGACUUUUGGGAGCAAAGCUACUGGGGGAAAGGCGUACAGAGAGGGAAAGGCUGUACCAGAGCAUUCAGGCUCAGAGGGGCUGGAUAAGAGAGGGAGCGGACAGUGUGUCGACUCCACAGAGGUGAACAGAUCCAGAACAGAUACAGUUUCCACCACCUGAGGGUGGAGCCGCCACUCCCUGGGGCUCAGGAGGUGUCUGGACAGGAAGUCUGCCUCCCGAUUUAUGUGCCCUGGAACAAAAAUCGGUCUCAACAAAGAAGUCUGGUCUCUGCCCAGAGCAGGAUCUGUUGCACCAACAGAGGGCAUGGACCAAGACCGCCCUGACGAUUGACAUAAGCAACCACUGUGGUGCUGUCUGUGUGCACCAGCACAUGGAAGCCCCUUAGGUGUGGGAGAAAGUGUUUCAGUACUAGAAGCACAGCCCUCAUCUCCAGGCAAUUUACGUGCCACGAGAGUUGAGCGUCUUUCCAAAGACCAUGGGUGGGGCGGCCAUCCAAGACCCACCAGAAAGUGAGGUGUCCAAGGAGUCCCUCAACAAUGACAUGCCAUUAGAGUGGGACCCAAGGUCAGAGACCGGAGUCUUCCACAUAAGAAGGGUACGAAACCCACAGCGAAUAACCCUUUUAUGGCACCGAGCCUGCACCUCUGAGCCAGAACUGGAACAGCCAUGACGCCGAGCACAAUCUGUGCCUCAGCGGCAAAGAGGCUUCGGUCUAGUCAAAUACCAUUCACUGCUAACAGUAUGGAAGCCAUCCAAGCAGGAGAUAGACAUGCCUGCACCGUGGUGGAAUCCAAAAUUACCCCCAAGAAGGUGGUUCUCUGAGAAGGAGAAAGUACACACUUCUCUGGGUUCAAGCUGAGGCCUAGAGCCUCGUAUAAAGAAGCACAGCAUCCUGAUGACUGGCUGCCAUGACCUUUGACUGGGCCAGGACAAGCCAGUCGUACAGGAAACUAAGUACAUGGAUGCCCUGGAAACACAGCGGUGCCAGGGCAGCACCAAUGGGCUAGACCGAAAGGAAAAACCCGAUACUGGUAAGCUUCGCCCCCAAAAGCAAACCUGAGGAACUUCCUGUGUUCUGGCCAAAUACCUAUAUGAAAAUAGGCAUCUUGAGGUCUACCAUCACAAACCAGUCCUUGGACCUGAUCUAUGACACAAUCAGUCUCAUAGUGGGCAUCUUGAACCUGAACAUCAUUAGGGCAGAGUUCAGAGCUCGCAGGUCCAAAAUUGGACGCAGUCCUCCGUCUCACUUGGGAAAGACAAAAUACCAGCUGUAAAGGCCAGAGUCUCAAUCUUGAAGGGAAACAUGUCCUAUGGUCCCUUUUCUCAGAAGAGAGAGAAGUUCCUCUUGGAGGAAUGUAGUUUGUUGUGUGCAGACGAUUGUGGGCAACACUGCCUGAAAUGGAAGAGGACAGGUGGCGAAUUGGAUCCUAUACACUUACCCUACGGUAUCUAGGACCCACUGAAAGACACCUGGCAGAAGUUUCCACGCUGCCAGGCUGUCUAAAAGAGGUGUCAACCUUGUGUUUUCUCCUCCAGCGUCCUGAAACAGUGAACUGGCAGGUGCAAACUGGGAGGAAUAGAUUUAUGAGGGGAAAAACAGGAGCAAGGGUGGGCCCUACCAACCCCCGAAACACCAGAGGUAGUGGGGUAGAAGGUAGGGAAAGCAUCACUAAGGAGGAUGCUCCCAGGAAACCUAGCCUUCGGGCAUCAGGAUGCCUUCAUGGCCCGCCUGGCCAAGAUCUCAGGUUAGGUCUUGCCUGAUGGGCCUGGGCCCAAGUGGGCCUUGUGAGAUUAAGCCACAGGCGCCUCUCUGUAGCAACUAGCACAGCCAUUGAACGGCCAAUGGUGCAGGCCAUGUGCUUCGAGGCAUGGAGUGCAUGAUCUGUGUUUCAAUGCAGCUCAGAGACUGCAUCAGGGCUCAGUCCCUUGCCGCAGUCAAGCUCCCUCAGCAGGUCAGCCUGGUAGGCCUGUAGGGACACAUCGGCUUGGACCGCUGCCAUGUAGGCCUUCCCCCAAGGGCUGAAGUGACUCUACACCUUUCAGAAGGGAGCACCAGCCUCCUCCAUGCCAGCGAUGUAGGGGAGAGAUGGCUCGCAAGCUUCUCUUCUAACUUGUGCAUAACCAUGUUCAUCCAGCCCCAUAAUGGCUGAAUAAUUAGAGGAGGCCGAGGAAAAAAGGCGCGCAGAAAAUGGCCACUGUCUGCAUGAGAGGGGCGCGCAGCCCGAAGUCAGGGAGCGGUCCUCAAGUUUAGAACAGACGGCGCUAGCUUCCUGCUUUGGCCAGUUUAAGUUUAGGUCCUCGGAUGCCACUGAUUGUGGUGGCAAAUCGAUGGAGGAAUUCAAAGACAUCUCCACUUCCGGGUCGGGAGAAAUCGCAGCACGAGCUCCCAGAGCCGAAAUGCGGACAUCGGAGUCAGGAGAGCAGAAAAGAGAAAGGGAAAGACCUCUCUCUUCUUCCACUUCCUCUAACUCCAUCUGCGAAGCACAGAAGCAUGGCCGGUUCAGUCUGACUGGGUCAGUCAGAGUGGGUUCUUCACUCUCUCAGACCUGAGAACAGAUGAUUCAGGACUUUACACAGUUCACAGCACUAAAGAGCUGGAGGGAAAACAGGAGUAUCAGCUGGAGGUGUACGAGAGAGUUUCAGCUCCUCAGGUGAUGAACACAAUCUCCAGAUCUUCAGAGUUCUGUUCAUUACUGUGUUCUGUGAGGAACAUCAGAGGACUGAAGCUCAUCACAUAUGAAUGUUUUAUUAAACCAAACUAGCAGCAGCUCCAAAUCCAACAUCACACUGAAUCUUCAUCUAGAAAUAAAGAAGACGGAGAAUCACAGAGAGAGAACCUUCAGCUGUGUGUCUUCCAACCCAGUCAGUAAUGAGACUACAAUCACCAUCACACACGUCUGCUCUCUGAACACAGGAAAAUACAGGAGAUUCUGUCUGUGAGGACGACAGCAGUUUAUCAGCAGGUUUGUGAGCAGUGACUGCAGCAGCAGUGGAACAGAACAGACUGGAACUAAAGGUUGAUUAUCAGAUUUUUAUCAGACCCUAACACAUAAAGAUGGCUUUAUUUAUUAUUAUUAUUAUUAUUAUUAUUAUUAUUAUUAUUAUUAUUAUUAUUAUUAUUUUGCAUAAACACAGAAUCAACAGAUACAACAAUGCAUAGCCAAACAUUUCAUCUUUUUUAUUUGUAAACAAUAGAUGAUGUUUAUUUCACAUUUUCAUAUUAAUUGUCAUAAUCUCCUGCAACUAAUCAUCCAGAUUUAUUUCAAUUCCAGAUGUUUUUAAUGAAAUUAUGAUUAAAUAAAGAGGACAAGUCUUUGGUAGAAUAAAGAAACGACGUUGUUCCAGUUUCAAUAAUAACUCGAGUUGGACAGAAGAUUCUCACACAUCAGCUCUUCCUGUGCAUUUCAAAGUAAACCACAAGAGUGUGUGGUGUCCUAACAAUCACCUAACGCUGUGUGUAAACUAGAUCAUCAGGUCACACUCUACACCACGUAUAAUCACACAGUUUAUCUAAAACACAUCCUCAGAGCUCAGAUUUGGAGAGUGAUCAGAAACUAAAGCUACACUGCUGUCUAAAUCUUCACCUCUUUAACACAGAGACAUCAGUUUCCUGUCACGCUCCAAAGCUGAGAUCUGAGCUUCCUGUCUUUAGUGGAGAAAAUGAAUGGAAUCUAUUGGAAAUGUGAAUCUCGGAUCUCAGCUCGGGACACGAACCCAAACCAAACACACUUCAGCUACGGCUUCACCUCAGAAACCAGCGGUGUGAAGAUGAAGGACAUCUGAAAACACAGGAAGAGGACUGAUUGAUUGACUGAUAAAAACUCGACUUUCUCUGAUCUUCUCCAGAUUCUCAGCGUGGGUUGAAGAGGUGAAGAUUUAGACAGCAGUGUAGCUUUAAUUCUCUGAGUUUUAAUGCAGGGUAAAAUGUCCACUAUAAGACUAAAUAAAGCUACAGUGUGUUUAUAAAGAACAUAAAUACAGUGCUGCCACCGUGUGGAUGAAGGCUGAACUGCAGCGAAAACAUGCUGAAAAGCUGAAAUCCUGCAACUUUUGAACAUUUUUGUUUUUAGGAUGUUUGUGUGAUUCCUCAAAUGUAAAUAAAUCUUCAGGAUCGAGACUAUUGCCUUCUCCAGCGUGGAGAUUAUACAAUUCAGUUUAUACAAAAUAUGAUGCACUAGAUUGUUUAACUUUUUUAAACUAACUACUAUUUCAUUUUAAAUUUUAUUUUUAAAGUAAUUUAUAUGUAUAUAACACAUUUUUACUAGAAAUAUUUUUUAGCUGUAGGAAUGUAUUCGAUCACUCCUAUAAAUAAAUAGAAAUCAGUAAAUACAUAUUCCUCCUGCUGCCCCCUGGUGUCCGAGUCUGGUACUGCACCUCACAAACCCUCGCGAGAGCUGAAGAAAGUUCUUUAUUAAACUGACCAAAGGAUUUUCUACAAUAAAUUGUUGUAAUAAAUUAUUGUGAUUAUUGUUAUUAUCAUGGCCCACACAGGUGUACUGACUUGUUAGUAAUAUUUUCAGGUGUAAUUAGGUUAUAUUCUAUUGUAUACUAUGGCAUGUUUUAUUAAAAGUGUAAGCUAUAAGCGUGUAGCCAUAAUGUAUAAUGUUUAGCUUUGAAAUAUUUGUAGUUUAAGUGCAGAGGAACUACAUUUCCCAUGAGGCCAUUACAUCACUUCCGCCAUUACAGUUUACAUUCUAGAAAGAGACACGAAGUUUAACAGAAGAGAAAAGACAGAUAUAAGAGCUGGAGAAAUGAUGAAGGUCAGCUUGUGGUCAGCUGGGAACAGACUGCACUGUUGUCCUCUACAGCUGUUCUUUUUCCUCCUAAUGUAAGCAACAUCCAUGUCUGAUGACUGCUCCUGACUGCUGUGUUUCACACAUGUGACACCAACCUUCUCCUGAUGGAGUGUUUUCCCUGGGAUGGUGCUGAUGUGGUCAGCUGUUUGUAGGGAAUUAAGAGCGUCGCUGCACUUCACAUCAUUCCAGUUAGAUGUUUCUGGACUGUUGGAGACAACCUCAGCACAGUCCUCUUUAACAAAGCCAUACCAUCCGUUAUUCGGCUCAUUUCUCCCCCAGUACCUAAACC